UCCUUGCGGGUGCUUUUAUUGGAUCUGCUGCUGUCAAGCAGUGCUGAAGAAUUGGAAGGGCAAACGCGAGUAAGGCAGAGAAAGACUAACAGAAAACACAAUUAUGUGGCUGAUUUCUACCUUUACGUCUAAAAAUGACCAACACAAGAUAUCCUUUUGGGGGACCUGAAACUUACCGCCGUAUAUCAUUUUCUGUUUUUGUGCGAUUGCAUUAGGCAGAGGUGGUACCACAGAUAAUUUGACAGCCUCUACAUCUUUUUUUUUUUUUCAAAAAGAGGAAAAAUUGUGGGCCUUUGAUUCACUGCUGCCCAUUUUUAAUGCUUCAACCUACUAAGGAUUUUUUUUCUUUCCACGUUGACAAUGGUUGCUUGAAUGGGGUUUUACGCAAUGAAUUAUAUUUUUCGUAAUAGUUAUUUUUUUGGCAGAUAAAUGGAAUGUUUUAUUGGACUACACGCAUUUUGUUGCACGGGGGAGCCUUCAAGUCGGAGCGAAUGCCGGAGGAAUACUAUGCUUAGUGAAUAUUUGAGCCUGUUGAAGAUGAAUGGCACAGAAGUGGAGCAAACUGUCGUGAGAACCGGUUUGUGCCUAAUGUCUUGAAUUGAAGUGGGUAACCAGAUUGUGAAAGGAAAGGAGGACAUCCCACUAAAUUGGAUGUUUUUGGGUGGAGAAGGCGACAUAACCCAAAGGCACGGACGAAAAUGGAUAAAACUAUUACAUAAAUCGAGGAGGACUGGCAUUCACUUGUAAAGAGCAAAGUUAAGAAUGAGUAAAUGAUGUGGUACGAAGAGGAGUGCUGCGAGUGUGAUUGAUAAAUAGCAUAUGGGAUUGAGUUGUCGAAUUGAAGUGUAACGGGAUUAAUGUUCGCGAGGAAAAUAUCGCCACUUUGAAACAAAAUACACUGUCUAUAAUUUACUUCAUGUAAAAGGCAGAAAGGAAAUCUGUUUCCUGGUUGGGGGGUGGGGGGAAGGAAGAUAUAUUAUUCAUGGUCUCAGUGAGGGAAGCGGUGGAGAGAAUUUUGCAUUAAGAUUAAAAAGGAAAAAAGAAGACGUCAAGGAGAAACCGAAUAAUUGGAGGGCAGAAGCAGAGCACUUAAGCAAAAUAAAUUGGUUAAAGUGGCGUUGAAGCAUGGGCUGUGCUUCAAGCAUUCAUAUCUCUGAUAGGGUGGUCUAUCAUAGUAGUGGAAAAGAGUCCGAGGAGUCCCACUCGCCCCAACAGACCAAUACCACUCAGCAGCAAGGAAAUCCAGCCCAAGGAUUACCAAUUAAACCCUCAAGUUACAAGACCACAUUAACAGAGGUGCAGUUUGGACCAAUGAAGUUAUACGAAGAUCAGCUUCAGGUACUUUUAGUGUUUGCCAAAGAAGACAACCAGAGCAAUGGCUUCUGUUGGGCCUGUGAGAAAGCCAACUUCAAGUGCAGCAUAGCCCGAACGCCUGAAACUGCACUCGAGUGCUUCCUAGAAAAGCAUCAUGACCUCAUUAUCAUCGAUCACAGACAUUCCAGAUAUUUUGAUGCAGAAGCACUAUGUCGGUCAAUUAGAGCGGUGAACUCAUCAGAAAACACUGUGAUUGUUGCUGUUGUGAAAAGGCCGGACCGUGAAGAAGCCACUGUGAUGUCUCUGAUAGCUGCAGGAUUUAACAGACGGUAUGUGGAGAAUGCCAACAUGAUGGCCUGCUACAAUGAGCUUAUCCAGCUGGAGCAUGGAGAAGUGCGGGCCCAGUUCAAGCUAAGGGCCUGCAAUGCUAUUUUCACCGCUCUGGAGCAGAGUCAAGAGGCCAUUGAGAUCACAAGUGAAGAUCAAGUGAUUCAGUAUGUAAACCCAGCGUAUGAGUCCAUCAUGGGGUACCAGAAGGGGGAACUCAUAGGGAAGGAAAUCAUAGAAGUGCCUAAAAGUGAGAAGAAUAAGCCUGAUCUCCUUGAAACAAUAAAUUCUUGCAUACGGAAAGGAAAGGAGUGGCAAGGGAUUUAUUAUGCCAAAAAGAAGAAUGGAGACAGUGUCCAACAAAAUGUGAAAAUUACACCUGUUAUUGGACAGGGAGGAAAAAUUAGACACUAUGUGUCAAUUAACAGGCCUUUAAAUGAUAAUAAUAAGACUGAGAAGUCCAGUGAUCGUGUACAAGCUGAAUCUCAGACAGAUAUCCAGUCCUGCAAACACAAGGACAGGCAAAAGCAGGACAGGAAAGGCUCCCUGGAUGUCCGCUCCACUACAUCACGAGGAAGCGAUGGAAGCUCCCAGAGAAGGCACUCCUCUAUGGCCCGGAUCCACUCUAUGACCAUAGAAGCGCCAAUAACCAAGGUGAUAAACAUCAUCAACGCAGCACAAGAGAGCAGCCCCAUGCCUGUGGCCGAGGCCCUGGACCGCGUGCUGGAGAUCCUGAGAACCACCGAGCUCUACUCCCCCCAGCUGGGCACCAAGGAGGAGGACCCCCACACCAACGACCUCGUGGGGGGGCUGAUGACGGAUGGCUUACGAAGACUAUCUGGAAAUGAAUACAUAUUUUCAACAAAACAGCCUCAUCACAUCCCCAGUCACCUGACCACGCCACUCUCACUCAACGACAUCCCCCCUCGGGUGGCCCAGACCAUGGAAAAUGAAGACUCAUGGGACUUUGACAUCUUCAACCUAGAGGCAGCCACUAUAAAGCGGCCUCUCACCUUCUUGGGUCUAAAGAUCUUCUCGCGCUUUGGCGUGUGCGAGUUCCUGAGCUGCCCCGAGGCCACGCUCCGGUCAUGGCUGCAGGUGAUCGAGGCCAACUACCACUCCAGCAACUCCUACCACAACUCCAGCCACGCCGCCGACGUCCUCCACGCCACCGCCUACUUCCUGUGCAAGGAGAGAGUUAAGCAAAGCCUGGAGCCCAUGGACGAGGUGGCGGCCCUGAUCGCCGCCACGGUGCACGACGUCGACCACCCGGGCCGGACCAACUCCUUCCUGUGCAACGCCGGGAGCGAGCUGGCCAUCCUGUACAACGACACGGCCGUCCUGGAGAGCCAUCACGCCGCCCUCGCCUUCCAGAUCACCACCCGGGACGACAAGUGCAACAUCUUCAAGAACAUGGAGAGAAAUGAGUACCGCACACUCCGGCAAGCCAUCAUUGACAUGGUCCUGGCCACCGAGAUGACCAAGCACUUUGAGCAUGUCAACAAGUUCGUCAACAGCAUCAAUAAACCCUUGGCAGCCUUGGAGGAGAAUGGGGGGAAUGGGGAUGAGGACUCUGUCAAAGGCAUUUUGACAACUCCGGAGAAUCGGAUUCUUGUGAAACGCAUGCUCAUUAAGUGCGCCGAUAUCUCGAAUCCCUGUCGACCAUUAGAGCUGUGUAUUGAGUGGGCUGGCCGCAUUUCAGAAGAAUAUUUUGCACAGACGGACGAGGAGAAGAGACAGGGCCUCCCAGUGGUCAUGCCCGUGUUUGACAGGAACACCUGUAGCAUUCCCAAAUCCCAAAUCUCCUUCAUUGACUACUUCAUCACAGAUAUGUUUGAUGCCUGGGAUGCAUUCGCAGACCUGCCGAAUCUCAUGCAGGACCUGGACAACAACUACAAGUAUUGGAAAGGCCUCGACGAGCGGAAGCUCCACAGCCUGCGCCCGCCGCCGGAGUAGAGCCCCUCGGCGUCGCGCCCCUCCUCGCCACAGCUCCGUCGCCCCCCUCGCCUGCUCCAGCCACUCCUCAGCAGGCCUCCUCCUCCAGGCAGCGUCUCCCCGGAGUCUGCGCACCGCACCGCACCGCCCCGCCCAGCCCAGCCCCCGUCCCCCACCUCUGCCACAGCGUACACUCCGGCACCGCGGCCCUGGUCUGGCCCUGGUCUGGCUCUGGUCUGGCCCUGGCCUGGCUCGUCCCAACCCACCUGCCUUUGUAAGCUUUAGUCCAGCUCAGAACACAGACUGCAGGCCAAUCGACCUGCUUCGCGGAGGAAACGGACAGGCGACCUGAAGGACAGGCACGAGACUGGAGACACGGGAGCACGAGAGAGAGAGAGAGAGAGAAAAAGAUACACACGCACUUGUCCCCCGCGCACCAGUGGCGGCUCAGCUGGACUGGUGAUGUCCGGUCACUGUCUGGGCGAGCCCCUCUUGCCCCUCCACAGAACAAAUGGGGUCUGGCCUGCUCCUUCCAAUGCAAGCACGGAUGAUGUUUGUUAGACUGCACAGCUGUAGCAGAAGGAGAGAAAACAAACAGACCCUGAAACAAAAGAUGCUUAGAAACCUUUUGAGAGGCCUCCUUCAUGACGGGGGAGUGAGGGGUUGGGAAGUAGCGUAGAAAACUACGAGGAGUAUGUGUGUGUGUGUGUGUGUGUGUGUGUGUGUGUGUGUGUGUGUGUGUGUGUGUGUGUGUGUGUGUGUGUGUGUGUGCGCGCGCGUGCGCGCGUGUGUGUCUGUGUGUGCGUGUGUGUGGUGAUGUUCACCCAGACCCCGGCACCGCGACAGGACUGCUCAUGCUCAUCCUUUCAGAAGAAAGACUGUAGAAUCACACUCCACCUGUACUGGUCCUUGCUGUUGUAUUUUUUUCCCUUUGAUUUGGGUUUUUUUGAUUUCCCUUUAAAAUACGUGUCUACUAUGCUAAUCCUUGACUUUAAAAGGACAUGUGGCAAAUUCCACAGUCCUUCUACGGCAAUCCUAAAAAGCAAACCAACGCUUAUUUAGGAUGCUAACUGAAGACAAAGCAAAUGUAACCAUCUGGAACAAAGGUCACUAUUACACAUUGACAUUGAUAUAUUUAUUUUGUUUUUUUAGAUGUUCAUUAUUUUCUAUACUAAAAUAAAUAAAUGAAAUUAUUAAUUAGCUAAUGAAAUGGAAGAAAGAACAAAGUUAAAAAGCAAAGAAAGCCAAAGCUGAUUAACAGAAAUUAUAAUCCAGUAAGUCUUGUCCAUAUUUAAUACCCGUAGAGAAAAAAAAUCAUUCACAUAAAGACAUUUUUAUUUUCUUAUUACAAAUACUAGUUUGAAUGACACAUUUAUAUUGCACUGUAAACAAUGAUGGAUAUGUAAUGUUCUCUCAUUUUUGUCCAAGGCUGGGAUACUGAAUUUGGGAAUAAGCUCUUAAGUUGUUGUUCACUUGGGUGUUUGGUUGUGUGUGCGCAGAGACACCACUGCGAGAUGAUGCUGUAUAUCACACGGCACUCGGCGACAGCAGAAAUCUGUGAAAAGAAAAGAAAAAAAAUAUUUUGGACUUGAAAUGAUUUUUCUCCCAGAAUUUUUUGUAUCUGGUUUAUCCUACUGAAAAGACUGCCUUAUUUUAUACAAUAUUUAUACAGUACAUCCCACUGUGUAUCCACAAAGGACAUUCUGGAGUUUUUAAUAACAUAGUAAGAAAGUUAUGUUCACGUAAAUCUCAAUAUUUUUAUAGACUAUGAAUUUUACACUGGAGCAUCAAAAAAUGAAACCGCUAUUAGCCCUCUUGCAUUUGUGGAAAAUGUUUGCCCACCAGAAUGGCAUUACAUUUGGCAUGGAAACAAUGAAGUCUUUGGGAAGUUUGGUAGCAUUGGGAGAUACAGAAUGGUCGAUCACUGUUACCAUCUCCUCUCGUUGCUGAUUGCCUACUUGGAGGGGUAUGAAAUAUUGGCAGUUCCAUCAACUUUACACAAAAAACAGGAUUAUACUUGAGCCUCUGUCGGGCUUCUAAUUAGCAUACUAAUAUAUGUUUAAGAACUUUCCUUAUUAAGAGAAUUUCCUACUAAAAUAUAUAUAUAAAAAAUGCCAUACUACCAAGCAAACACUGGUCAACACGAUAUUUUGAUCAAACUCUGUUUCUCUCUGUCAAAACAGAAAUGUUAUAUAAAUCAGGGGAUUUUUUUUAUGAUUCACCAUAACUUCAGGUCUGACAGCACCACAAAAAAAAAUGAAAAAAGAAAAAAAAAUAGAAAAUGUUCAAUGGAUAAUAAAGUAAUUAUAAUAUUGUAUUAUGUUUCUGAAAUGCUCACAUUACUUGCCAGAAAGAAAGUCCCUUAAGGCCCAUAGUCCAGCCAUACAGGUACCAUGUCUUUUGUGUCCUAUGUCAAGUAUCUCCUGAUGUGAUGUCUCCCACAUCUACGCACAGGUAUCAGACCCAAUGCUUUAUGUCACAGCUUUAAGCCUGUCAUUACAUUUUUGUGUAAUUCUUUAAGGAAUUUACUCAUAACUACAUCAACCUGGAAUGACAAAGGUCACAGAGUUUGCUGGGAUUGUGUUGUCUGGGCUUAUUGUAGCAUUUUAAUGUUUUGAUAAAAAGAACUAUCAUUGGAUGACUUUUCAGUCUCCGGGUCUAUACCAACAUUAUAUCGUUCAUGUUACACUGUUACAGCAACGUUUGUUUCUGGAGUCUUGUUGACUUGAAAAGGAGGGGACGAUAAGUCUGGCUGACAAAAGGAAUGUCCUCUCACAAGUCUGUGAGAUGGGUUAAGGUCAGUCCCUCACUCCCUCGCUGGAUGGAGAGUGGUGGGUUUUUUUGUGUGUUAAGGCGACCAUCUCGCCUUUGAUCAGGUCUAUUCUUCAUCGUGUGUGUGUGUGUUGCAUCAUGUUGCCAUCUGCACAGCUUUGAGUAUGAUGAGAUGACCUCAUCAUGAUCAUUCCUUGCCCUUAAAAGGUCAGCACACUUGCCAAUAAGCAGCCAAGCACUGAGGUACUCCGUAUUAACCCUAAACUUAUGAAAUUCCACAGGCACUUGCUUAGUUUCAGGCACAAUAGUAACCUCUAGUAAGUAAACUCCAGUAGUAGUUUCAGUUCAAUGGUAGCCUUACUACUUUUAUCAGAGGUUGUGACUUCAAAGAAUAUGGUUUGCAGAGGACGUCCAUCUCCUAGGUUGUUAAUGUAGCGUGGAAAUGUUAUGUGCAGUGGAAUCAAAGUGGGAACACGCUACACCACAUGAUGCCAUGUGGAAGAUCUGGUGUUGUCUUUUGUUUUGAUGCUGAUGUCUAUGAUCUGCCAUCUAAUUAGAGUACAUCAAAAGGUUUGUGCCUAAAUUCUGAUGUUUGAUGUGGGAAUCAGUAAAAUGCUUUCCAGUCAGCAGACCAGCCCAUUCUGGUCAUUAAAACGGCAGCCUGCUGUGCAUGACCAGCCUUUAAGUGAAAAGAAUGUCAUUGCAAAGACUGUGGCUUAUAUCCAGACAUAUAUAUUUUAAUGAAUUGUGUUCCAGGAUUCUGUGUAUCUAUCAUUUUCCACCGAUAUAAAUUUAUCAAGAUGUGUUUGACUUGACCAUUCUUAAUAUUGUAUUAUCCUGCAUAAGUACAGUUCUCACACUGUAGGACCACCAGUGCAUGGAGACAGACAAACAUCCUUUAGUUAAUAAAAGGACCAUGAUUGUACUGAUUUGUUUUGAAAGUCAAUAAUUAAGCAAGCAGAUAGUAUGUCAUUGUGAAGAUGACAGAUGAAGAUGAUCAUUAUUCCUCAGAUAUGAUUAAUUUUUGUAUUCAGCAAAGAAUGGUAAAUAAAAUAAA